AUGGAAAUCAUGUACGUGUAUUCGAAAAGAAGAUCCGAAUUCGGGCGUCAGUGCAGUUUCUCAGACCGACCAGCUGAACUCCUCUGCGACAUCCCUGUCGAUCCAGUACUGAGAAGCAGUUUCAUAGACAAAAAUCCCGUAGAUGUCAGCAUUGAUUGUGGCCCUUCCUACUCCGAACACGAGUGGGGCUGGCCCAGGGACAUCAACCCUCUCGAGAUGGAGCAAGUCAUCAGGUUUCGAAAGAAAGUUGAAAAGGAAGAGGGCUACCUGCGCUCCAUGGCUGAUCUGUCCAAGAGAAUGGAGCACUGCAUAAAGCAGAACAACGCCGUUGACAUAUACGAAAAUUUCUUCGAGGACCCACCGUAUAUCGACAUGUUCAACAAACGAUCAGCUGUUCACAUCACGUGGUACCCAGACGGGCCCAAAAAAAUUGCUGUUGCCUAUCGGGACGAUUCUUUCGACGAAAUUAGUGAAGGUGGCGAGGACUGUCCAUAUUUGUAUUCUUUCAUAUGGGAUGUUGAAAAUUCCAACCAUCCUGACUUCACAUUGAAACCUCCCUUCCCACUGUGCUGCUUAGAGUUCAGUCCGAAAGACUCACACCUGCUAAUUGGGGGGCUUGAAAAUGGACAGGUCGCCCUCUUUGACACCAGGAAAAACUCUCGACCCUGCGAGCUGACCCACAUUGAAAGUUGCCAUCGAGACAGGGUGACAAAAAUUCUGUGGAUUGCCAGUAAAAUAGGGACGGAAUGUUUUUCGGCAUCAGUUGACGGACAGGUCAUGUGGUGGGACACGAGGAAGUUGCAGGAGCCACUGGAGUACAUGUGCCUGGACACCGCCAAGCGACAAAAUCUGAAAACGGCUGAUGGGGCACUGUCCAUUGAGUACGAAGCCACCAUGCCAACCAAAUUCAUGGCGGGCACGGAGCAGGGCAACGUUUUAACGUGCAACAGGAAGGCCAAGAGUGUCCAAGAAAGAGUGUCCAGUGUGCAUGUGGGUCACGUGGGGGGGGUCAGGGCCAUCCAGAGAAAUCCAUUCUUUCUCAAAAAUUUUUUAACCGUCGGUGAUUGGACGGCCAAGAUUUGGGUAGAUGAUCACAAAGAUUCAGCCAUCUGGUCGUCAAAGUAUGGGCAGCAUUACAUGACAGAUGCCUGUUGGAGUCCGACUAGGGCAGGUGUCUUCCUAACCAGUCGAUCAGAUGGCAUGAUGGAAGUCUGGGACAUAACGCAUAUGCACGCUAAUUCAGUACUUAAAGUUAAGGUGACAGAGGAAUGCCUAGACAGCAUGAGAAUGUACGACAAUGGACAGAUGGUGGCCGUUGGAUCUAGGGAGGGGCUUGUCAUGCUCUACAAUCUCAACGAAUCUCUUUUUCUACCGGAUAAGAAUGAGAAAAAUAUAAUUUCCAACUUGUUCGAGAGGGAGGCAAGGAGGGAAAAGUUGCUGGAAUCGAAACAUCGAGAAUUCAGAACCAAGGAGAGGAUCAAGUCAAGUCUUGGUUACGCUGUAUGA